AUGGAACCCGUUAGCGAAUGGGGAAACACACCCCUUGUAACCGUCGACCCCGAGAUCCACGACCUCAUCGAAAAAGAAAAACGUCGCCAAUGCCGCGGAAUCGAGCUCAUUGCAUCGGAGAAUUUCACUUCCUUCGCUGUCAUAGAAGCCUUAGGCAGUGCACUCACCAACAAAUACUCCGAAGGCAUGCCUGGAAACCGUUACUACGGCGGAAACGAAUUCAUCGACGAAAUUGAAAACCUCUGUCGUUCGCGUGCGCUGCAAGCUUUCCAUCUCGAUCCACAUGCUUGGGGAGUUAACGUUCAGCCUUACUCCGGUUCUCCAGCGAAUUUCGCUGCGUAUACAGCGGUUCUUAAUCCUCAUGAUCGGAUCAUGGGAUUGGAUCUUCCUUCUGGUGGUCAUCUUACGCAUGGCUACUAUACUUCCGGCGGGAAGAAGAUCUCGGCGACUUCGAUUUAUUUCGAGAGUUUGCCGUAUAAGGUGAAUUCGAGUACUGGUUUUAUUGAUUAUGAUCGGUUGGAAGAGAAGGCUUUGGAUUUUAGGCCUAGGUUGAUUAUUUGUGGUGGUAGUGCGUACCCUAGGGAUUGGGAGUAUAAUCGAUUCAGAGAUGUUGCUGAUAAGUGUGGCGCUCUUUUGCUUUGUGAUAUGGCUCAUUUUAGUGGCCUUGUUGCUGCUCAGGAAGUUAAUAAUCCAUUUGAGUACUGUGACAUAGUGACGACAACAACUCAUAAGAGCUUGAGGGGUCCUAGGGCGGGUAUGAUCUUCUACAGGAAAGGACCUAAACCACCCAAGAAGGGCCAAGCUGACAAUGCAGUUUAUGAUUUUGAGGACAAGGUCAACUUUGCUGUCUUCCCCUCUCUUCAAGGUGGUCCUCACAAUCACCAGAUUGGUGCCCUUGCUGUUGCCUUAAAACAGGCCAUGUCACCUGGGUUCAAAGCAUAUGCAAAGCAAGUUAAGGCCAAUGCUGUUGCCAUUGGAAAUUACUUGAUGAGCAAGGGAUACAGUCUUGUCACUGGUGGAACUGAGAACCAUCUUGUAUUGUGGGAUCUUCGCCCUCUUGGAUUGACCGGAAACAAGGUGGAGAAACUUUGUGACCUCUGUAACAUCACAGUGAACAAAAAUGCUGUUUUUGGCGAUAGCAGUGCUUUGGCUCCUGGAGGAGUACGAGUUGGUGCUCCAGCCAUGACAUCUAGAGGCUUGGUUGAAAAGGACUUUGAGCAGAUUGGAGAGUUCCUUCACCGUGCUGUGACUCUGACACUAGAGAUCCAGAAGGAGCAUGGCAAACUUCUGAAGGAUUUCAACAAGGGCUUGGUUGACAACAAAGAUAUUGAACAACUCAAAGCUGAUGUUGAGAAGUUCUCUUCCUCAUUUGGUAUGCCUGGUUUCCUGGUAUCUGAGAUGAAGUACAAGGAUUAA